AUGGCGCCCUCUUCAAAGCGCCGUAAGCUGUCGGACGGCAGCCCUGCAGCACCAGUCAUAACCCCUGCAACCGCCAUGCCUCAGUCGCCUACCUCAUCUGUUCAGGCCCUCUCCACCGACACCCCCAAAGACAAAGACAAAGACAACCGCCGCUCGCUUUUUGUGCGCUCCCUGCCCUCCUCCGUGACCAACACCACCCUCGCCGCGCACUUCAGCGAGACCUUCCCACUCAAGCACGCCACCGUGGUCCUCGACCCAGCCACCAAAAUCUCGCGCGGCUUCGGCUUCGUGACCUUCACGGAUGCGGCCGACGCACGUGCCGCCGCCGAGCAGUUUGACGGCUCGACGCUCGAGGGCCGCAAGAUCAGAGUUGAGGUCGCAGAGUCGCGGCACCGAGAUACCGAUGCGAACGGCGCCGAGGGCGUGCCGCGGCAGAAGGGACAGAAGGGCGGUGGCGCGACGACGAAUACUACGGGCGAGCGGCUGCGGAAAGAGCGCGAGCUGUUGAGGCAAGAAACGCAAGGGCAGCCGCCGAAGCUGAUUGUGAGGAACCUGCCGUGGAGUGUGAAGACGGGGGACGAUUUGGGGAAGUUGUUCCUGAGUUAUGGUAAAGUGAAGCAUGCGGUUGUGCCGAGAAGGGCGAGUGAUGACGAGAAGAAGGGCCAGUAUGGGUUUGGCAUCGUGAUCAUUCGAGGAAGGAAAAAUGCCGAGAGGGCGUUGAAGGGCGUCAAUGGCAAAGAGGUGGAUGGGAGGGUGUUAGCCGUUGAUUGGGCUGUUGAAAAAGAAGACUGGGAAAAGGCUAAGGCAAAGGGAGAUGGCGAGGAAGCCACAGAAGCUACGGGUGAGCAGAGCACUGUUGUCGACGAUGACGCUCUUGAAGAUGGCAAGGAUGAUGAGGUCCACGAUGCCGCGCCUUCCGAUGAGAACAUCGACGACGACUCUGAUGCGGGUAUCAACCUCUCAUCCAUCGAUGAAGAUGACGCCGAAGAUGAGACGAUGGAGGACGCUUCCAUUGAGGAUGAGGGCCCUCCCAAACCCGACACGUCCCUCAGCACAGUCUUCAUCCGCAAUCUCCCCUACGACACCGAUGACGCCACUCUACGCGAGCACUUCAACCAGUUCGGUCUCACACGCUACGCUCGCGUUGUAUAUGACCACGAGACCGAACGGCCCAGAGGUACAGGCUUCGUGUGCUUCGUUGAAGAGGACGCCGCCAAGGAGUGCGUCAAGAAUGCGCCCAAGAAGCACAAUCCUCUCGAUGCUGCCUCGACUGCCGACCCCAAAGCCCGUCGCCGCGGCGAGCAAAUCACGCACUCUAUCCUGCAGAACGAAGCCUCUGACCCGACCGGUGCAUACACUCUCGCCGGACGUGUCCUGCAGGUGUCCCGCGCUCUCCCGAAAGCAGACGCAGACCGACGUGCGGCGGACGGUGCGAACGUCCGUGAGAAGGCCCGCGAGGCCGACAAGCGCCGACUGUACCUCCUCAGCGAAGGCACGGUGCCCAAAGGCUCAAAACUGUACAACAGCCUGAGCAAGACUGAGCUCGAUAUUCGAGAGGCGAGCGCGAAGCAGCGUCAGAAACUGAUCAAGAGCAACCCGAAUCUCGGAAUCAGCCUGACAAGACUAAGCAUCAGGAACCUGCCGCGAUCGAUCGGAAGCAAGGAGUUGAAGGCACUCGCCAGACAGGCCCUGGUGGGCUUCGCGCAGGAUGUCAAGGAGGGGAAACGCAGCCCGCUGUCCGCCGAGGAGCAGAAGCGUGGUGGCGAAGAGAUGCGCGAGGCGGAGAAGAGGAGGAAGGAGAAGGGCGUGGGUGUGGUCAAGCAGGCGAAGGUGGUGUUCGAGGGCAAGGAGGGUGGGAAGGUGAAUGAGGGCGCGGGCGGAAGGAGCAGAGGCUACGGCUUCGUCGAGUACUGGGCUCACCGUAGCGCCCUGGCUGGUUUGCGGUGGAUGAAUGGGCACCUGGCGCUGCCCAAGGAAGGGGCCGAGGGAGAGCGUGGCAAGAGGCUGAUCGUCGAGUUCGCGAUUGAGGAUGCCAGGGUCGUGCAGCGCAGAGGGGAGAGGGAGGGAAAGGCGCAGCGAAAGCGGACCGAGGAUGGGCAGGCUGAGGAGAGCAGCAAGGCGUAUGGAGGAAAGAAUGCCAAGAAUGGCAAGUACGGCAACAUCAAUCCGCAGGACAGACGAGGCAAGAAUGACAAGAAGAGGAAGCGGGUCGAGGAGGAGGUGGUGAAGGAGUCGAAAAGGGCAAAGGUCGAUGAUGAUGAGGACAAGAACAAGAUCGCGAAGAGGAACCGAAUCAUUUCGAAGAAGCGGCACGCAAGAAAGGCGAGGAAGGGCUGA